AUGCAAACCAUGCUGACAAAGAACUCUCCUUUCUCAGUUUGCCUUCAACCAGCCCAGUCUGACAUAGACAGGAAGCCUUGUGGGGUCGAGUACUCACUCCAUACUUUCAUUGGCGAUCAUAUAAAUGAGGUUCCAAGCAAGCGACGAUCAGUAGAGCUAGCUGUACGCAAGGUCUCCUAUGCUCCUAGACGAAAGGGUGUACAACCGAGUGCAGAGGUUUUCAAAGAGUUCCUGUUCAGCAAAGCGCCUCUACGGCUUGAAGCAACCUUAGAUAAGGAUGUUUAUCAUCACGGGGAAACCAUAUCGGUAAAUGUCCACGUUUCGAACCAGUCGUCAAAAACUGUCAAGAGGGUAACAGUGACCGUGUUUCAGUUUGCAGACAUUCAGCUCUUUGAGACAGGGUCUUUCAAAAGUGAUGUUGCCAAAUACGAGGCUACAAGCGAAAGUGACGGAAUGCCAGUCAGACAGAAUCAAGUUCUGACCAAGGUGUUCAAAGUCAAACCUGUGCUGGAGAAUAACAAAAAUCUUGAAAAGCGAGGCCUGGCUCUGGAUGGCAAACUGAAACAUGAAGACACAAAUCUUGCAUCCUCAACGAGUGACCGAAGUGACGUAUUAAGUGAUGAGGAGCUGGGUAUCACUGUGAAAUACAAGGUGGAAGUCAAAGUCGAAUUAACAGAAAUCUUAUCAUCUCCUCUAUCUGUGGAGUUGCCGUUUGUCCUCUCACAACCACCACCACCCGCACCAGAACCAGUUAUGAAACCCGAAUCAGGCAAUGAACAAGAAGUCCUUGAUCCCAAUCUCAUCAAAUUUGAUACAUCAGGAGCUGCCCCCAUGUACACUGAUGAGGAUUUGCUGUUUGAAGACUUUACUCGUAUGUGUGUGAAAGGAACAGAAGGCCAGGGCACAGAAACAUAGGCUUAAACACACUAUAUAAAGGGUCCAAAUCACAUUUGAAAAUUAUUCUGGUUUAAUCCUUUGGCUAUGAUGAGGAUAUUGAUGAGAAAUCAUAAAAGCUAAAGGCGAUUUAAAAACCAAGGCUCUCUUUCAAACAACGAAUUUACAAAUGCAAAGAUAUUUAGUGUUUUAAUAUGGUGAUACAAGAAUAAUUGCCAUUAAGUAGAGUUGAUUAGAAGUGUUACUAGCCUAUAUAUGCUAUACUUUAAAGAAUGAAAAUAAAUUUGCUUAACAUCUUUUUUGAAAAUUUUGUCUUCAAUUUAAAGGUAACUUUUUUCACCGACAAUGGCCCUUAUUGAUUACAUUAGAUUAGCAUUUCACUUAAACUUUCGAAAAUUUCUUCUUUUUUUCCCUUUGUUUUCACCCCUCCCCUAUAUCGUUGACAAAAUCAUAAACUUCGAUCUUUUUACCUUAUGUUGUUAACAUGGUUGACAUUUAUUAUUAGUAUGAGCUAUUGGUUUCAAUAUUUGUUAUUGUCAUCAAGAACAAAUAAUUUACUUUGCUGGCUGGCGAAUACAAUUAUUGGCUAUUAAAGAAGCGUUGGAGUUCUUUUUAACAUGCAUCCGGGUGCCUUAGCAAAUGGUGACGUCAUCAACGAUCAAGGUCACGGCCCGCAUAGAAUGACUUGACGUAGGUCACAAUGCAAGGCAGUUGAAGAAGAAAUUAUUUAUAUUUAUGUACAUAAGAUAACGAACAUUUUACUGUUUUAAUAUUCAUAUUCAAGAGGGAUAUGACAAUAGAGUUGUUCACAUAGUUAACAAGGUGGUCCGUGUUUGACCGAAUGGAAAACGGAUAUAAAAAGUGUGCAUUGAUUUAUCCACCUUUAAAUCUUGAACUGUAAAAAACCCUAUUUAAAGUUUCAAGCACGUUGUGUAAGCCUAUCACUCUUAACAAUUUGUUUAAAAUUCUAAGUAAUUGUUUAAACCUUUUUAGCAAUUAUUUAAACCUUUUUUCAAUUGUUUUAACCUUUUAGACAACUUGUUUAACUGUUACACAACGUCUUUAAAAUUUUAAUCAAUAGUUGUUUGAGCUACUGGCUUAAACAACUCGCUUUAAGUUUUAAACAACGUUUUACAGUGUGGGUGGGUUUUGUUUUGUGUAACUGUACAUAGCGUAAGCCUCGUAUUCAAACCUUCACGUAAAUAAAAUAUCCGGAAGUGAUAUUAGUAUUUCACAUUUUAAUGUUUGUCGAAAGAAAUUAGAUGAAAGAAAUUCAGCAUAUCUGUAACAUUCUAUAAAAUAAUCACAUAUAGAAGCGAGCUAUGGUAUAUUUUUGAACAAUUAUUCUUAAUGUAUUCUAUUAUAGCUGAAUUAUUAUAAAAAGAUGCAGGGCAUCUACCUUUAGGACCUCCCAUUUAUUGAGGGAUAUUUUCUUACACAACGCUUUUAGAUUUUAAGGUACAGGUAUGUCGAGAGAAAAUAGAUGAAAGUAAUUUAGCAUACCGUAUACGAUAUUUUCUACAAGAUAUUCGCAUGCUUUGAUUGAUUAAAUAAGUUAGAUGUGGUGUACUAAUAAUUCCGAAUGUAAUACUCUUAUAGCUGAAAAUUUUUAUCAAGUGAUGCAGGGCAUCCUAUUUGAAUAAUUAUUGAUGACGUAAAAUAAUUGUUUAUACUAUGCUGGGACAAGUUUUGUUCUCAGGUUUGAGUGCAAUAAUUAUUAUUAAGGUGCAAAUAUCUUUAAUUCAGUGGCGUAAUGUGCCAAAAAUUGGCAAAUCGCUUAAAAUUUUAUGUAGGAAGCUGCGAGCGAGCAAAAUUUUUGACAUAUUUAUUUUAAAAAUUAUAUUUUGUGAGAGAUUUCCGACGACGUAAUAUUCAGAAAAUAUCAUAUUUCAACAUUCUCUUUUUCCUUUUCUCUCCUUUUUUUCUUGGCCGUGAAAGCCCCCUCCCCCAUAUGUACGCCAGUACUUAAAUUGAUGAACAAAACACAGGUCAACAUACCAGUUCUUUACCACUCUCCACCCAGGUGUUGAAGAGCACUCUGUAUUGAAUAUUCAUGUGGUCUCGGUUGAAUGAUCAUGUGCGCAUGCGUCAUGGCCAAAAAAGUUUGUCGGAAUUUAAAAGUUUGCUACCCACAAAGAGGGUACUAAAGGCUCUAUGACAUGUAGUGUGGUUAACAAUCGAACUUGGAAACUCUUUUGGUAUGCUCCCACAGAAAUAAGAUAAGCCAGGUUUAAAAACCAGGAUAACACAUUAAAGCAUAAAAGCACAUAAAAAUUGUUUUUGUUAUUCCAGAGAGUAAAACUAAUGACGAGCUAUCAUGAUCCGGGGCCCGUAACGCAAAGCUUAGCAAUGAUCGUAGAAAUUUUUUCUGCGAUUGAUUCCAUUGACUACAAUGUACAAUAAAUCGUAUAAAUCAAGCGUGCGAUUAUUAAUCGCUGACCUUUGUGUUACGGGACCCAGGAUGAUUAAAAUCUUAAUUCAGAAAGGCGCGGUUGCUUUGAAUCUAGUUUGCAUACUGUACUGACCAGGCAAGCAUGUGGUAAGAUAAAGAGUUGUCAUAACAACUUAAUCGGUCUAGAUAUAUCUGUAUAAAAUUUGAAUGCAUUAAGUAACCUAUCCAAUAAUCACCUUCAAAAGAUAUGUCUGUCUCUUGAUAAGAUCUUCACUGGAACUAAAUAAGAUUUGAACUUAGUUUUGAUAAAUGUAGCAGCAGGCGUUUUCACUAAUAAUUCCUCAUACACUAUUCGAAUAAUAUGGAGUUCAUCGAGCUAACAAUAUUCUCAUCCUUAUAACUAUUUAGGGGCGAAGUACCAUGCCCACUUACACAAAAUAGUUUUUAACAGCUUGGUAAAUCGAAAUUUGUAGUUUUCAGUACAACGUAUCUCCUUUUUUUUAGAUUCUUAUUAAACAAUCUUUAAUGAUUAAUUAAAUUUUAAGGUUUUGGGGUAAAGAGUUUGAAUUUUAAAAAAAGUUGCAUGUGCUCGAUGUUUUUCCAUAAUGCGAAAAAAAUAACCGGGUACGUAGAUACUAAGUAUUUAUACAUGUAUAGUACGUCUCAAUUUAAAUUCCAUAGUGACUUUACAAUGUUUUCACUUAUUUUGAAGUGGUUAAAUUCAUGUAAAUUUUAAUUAUACCAAAUAAAUACGUCUUUUUAGCAACAUAAAAAACUGGUUCUUCGAGGGGGGGGGUACAAAAAAGAGUAAAAUAAUAAUUAUGUACAUUUUUUGUAGACAAUUCCUCAUGUCAUUAUAAUGAAUAAUGUCUGGGCCCUGUUCCACAGAACUUGUCGUCAUUGACAAUAUAACAAAUCUGCUCUCGGCCAAUCACGAUGUAAGUAACAUACAGUUAUUAACUUGUAAAUGACAACAAGAUUUAUGAAACGGGGGCCAGCACAUUUUACAGGGGUACUAUAAACAAAUAGACUGCAUGGAGAUGUUAUCUGCGCAUGAGUAUAGGGACCAGUUUUAUGAAGAAUUGUGAUUGAUUCAUACCAACAUCAUUUCCAGAUUUUUUUCUUAACUGCAAAAGAGUUGAGAACAAAGUCGAAGAUGUGAUUGAUCUGAAUUGUGGCCCAGUGGAUUAAUCUUCUGACUUUGAAACAGAGGGUCGUGCGUUCGAAUCCCAGCCAUGGCGUAAUUUCCUUCAGCAAGAAUUUAUCCGCAUUGUGCUGCACUCGACCCAUGCAGGUGAGGUGAAUGGGUACCUGGCAGGAUUAUUUCCUUGAAUGCAUGAGCGCUGAAAGGCAGCUCGAGUUAAGGCCGGGGUAAUAAUAAUAACAACGCGCCUCGGAAUAGAAUAUUUCUAGAUAGAUGGCGGUAUAUAAAUGCCUAUUAUUAUUAUUAUUGUCAUCGUCACAUUUUUAUAUCAGACGUGACCAAGGUCAAUUGGUUUUAAUAUGAAACUGCUGAUAUUACCUUAUGACAGUUGCGUGAUCUUAGUUCGUCAAAAAAAAUUCCAUUAAAGAAGAUAAAUGGACGUAUCCUCUGCAAAAUGGAAAAGAAAGAGUGUAUAUGUGGGAGCUCUUCGAAUGAGAUGUGAUUUAUCUAAAAUGUACUUGCUGGUUCUGACUUUUCCACAUUUUACGAGCACCAUGGAAACCAUUGUUAUAAAAUUGCAAUCUCAGAAAUAAUUUGAUAAGGGAGUACAGCAUUCUUUUAUUGUCAAACAUAAAAUAAUGAUAUUUUUACUACAUGUAUUUGAUUGAAUCAAACUUUCUUAUUUUUCCAUUCGCUAAAAUGUGAAUUAUACGGUAGGCCUACUUUUAAUUCUUCGCGUGCAAUGUCAUCUAUUAAAGCUGAAACAAUCAUUCCAUACUUUAUUUACAUCGAUGAUUAGUUGUAUACUACGUCUACUUCGUACUGAGAGUGCAACGAAUAUUAAUCAUUUCACAUUUAUACAUGAUUGUAGAUGAAAAUAUCGCACUAAUUAUUCAGAGAUUUUAUCUUUUAUAGAUCAAGCAAAUUUUAGAUUCGCUUUUAUUGUGGCUGAUGUGUGAUUUAUUAAACGGUAAAAAUCUAGAA